ACAACCGCCUUCUGGAAGUGACGUCGAGCUGUCAUCAUGUAAAAUGGCGACUCAUCACAGGCAGAAUGCUGCUGGGCGGAGAAAAGUCCAGGUAUCCUAUGUGAUUAGGGAUGAGGUGGAGAAGUAUAACCGCAAUGGGGUGAACGCCCUGCAGCUCGACCCGGCCUUGAACCGCCUCUUCACAGCUGGCCGAGACUCCAUCAUUAGGAUAUGGAGCGUCAACCAGCACAAGCAGGACCCGUACAUUGCAUCGAUGGAACACCACACGGACUGGGUCAAUGACAUCGUCCUCUGUUGCAAUGGGAAGACAUUGAUAUCUGCUUCCUCAGACACCACAGUGAAAGUCUGGAAUGCGCAUAAGGGAUUCUGCAUGUCCACAUUGCGAACACACAAGGACUAUGUCAAAGCCUUAGCCUAUGCCAAGGACAAGGAGUUGGUGGCCUCAGCUGGGCUGGACAGACAGAUCUUCCUAUGGGACGUCAACACACUAACAGCACUGACUGCCUCCAAUAACACCGUCACCACCUCCUCACUGAGUGGGAACAAAGACUCCAUCUACAGUCUGGCUAUGAAUCAGAUGGGCACUGUCAUUGUGUCAGGGUCCACCGAAAAGAGUGAAUGUGUCCUUUUAAAGGUACUGAGAGUUUGGGAUCCUCGAACCUGUGCCAAACUGAUGAAGUUGAAAGGCCACACAGACAACGUCAAAUCAUUACUGCUAAACAGGGAUGGCACUCAGUGUCUCUCGGGCAGCUCAGACGGGACCAUUCGGUUGUGGUCGCUGGGGCAGCAGCGGUGCAUCGCCACCUACCGUGUGCACGAUGAGGGCGUAUGGGCCCUACAGGUCAACGAGGCCUUCACACAUGUCUACUCUGGUGGCCGCGACCGCAAGAUCUACUGCACCGACCUGAGGAACCCAGAGCUCCGUAUGCUCGUCUGUGAGGAGAAGGCCCCCGUCCUCAAGAUGGAGCUGGACCGCUCAGCUGACCCCCCCACGGCCCUCUGGGUCUCCACCACCAAGUCCACCGUCAACAAAUGGUCUCUGAAGGGCAUUCACAAUUUCCGAGCAUCUGGAGAUUACGACAACGACUGCACUACUCCCCUGACGCCUCUCUGCACACAGCCCGAGCAGGUUGUUAAAGGCGGAGCCAGCAUUAUUCAAUGCCACAUUCUGAACGACAAGAGACAUAUACUAACCAAAGAUACCAACAACAACGUUGCAUACUGGGAUAUUUUAAAGGCGUGUAAAGGGGAAGACCUGGGGAAGAUGGAGUUUGACGAAGAGAUUAAAAAGAGGUUUAAAAUGGUGUAUGUGCCAAACUGGUUCUCUGUGGAUCUUAAGACUGGGAUGUUGACCAUCACGCUGGAUGAGAGUGACUGCUUUGCUGCGUGGGUGUCGGCCAAGGAUGCAGGCUUCUCCAGUCCUGAUGGGGCUGAUCCCAAAUUGAACCUGGGUGGACUGCUGCUGCAGGCCUUACUGGAGUAUUGGCCCCGGACACACGUCAACCCUAUGGAUGAAGAAACCGAGAUGAACCAUGUGAACGGGGAGCAUGAGAGCAGGAUACAGAAAGGUAACGGCUACUUCCAUGUUCCCCCUCACACGCCAGUCAUCUUUGGAGAGGCAGGGGGAAGGACCUUGUUCAGGUUGUUGUGUCGAGACUCAGGUGGUGAAACUGAGUCCAUGUUGCUCAACGAGACCGUGCCACAGUGGGUCAUCGACAUCACCGUGGAUAAAAAUAUGCCCAAAUUCAACAAAAUCCCAUUCUACCUCCAGCCUCAUUCUUCCUCUGGUGCAAAAACCUUAAAGAAGGACCGUCUGUCAGCCAGCGACAUGCUCCAGGUGAGGAAGGUGAUGGAGCACGUAUACGAGAAGAUCAUCAACCUGGACAACGAGUCUCAGACGGGGGCCUCGGGGAACAACGACAAGCCCAGCGAGCAGCAGAAGGAGGAGGAGGACGUGGCCGUGCUGGCCGAGGAGAAGAUUGAGCUGCUCUGUCAGGAUCAGGUAUUGGAUCCCAACAUGGACCUGCGGACGGUCAAGCAUUUUAUCUGGAAGAGCGGCGGAGACCUAACCCUUCACUAUCGGCAGAAGUCCACGUGAGGUCACCGGUGUCAUCUUGUGCUAUCCUGACCACCACCACCACCUUCCUCUGGCACCAAACAUGGACUGUUCAAACUCAUCCAACCAGAUCCAUGUGUUAGUAACACAAACCUGUGCUCAACGACUCCUUGUUAGAGCCUAUAACCUCUCAGAAAGCAUUUGUUUGGUCCGUAGCCAGAGUGUCACACAAUAAUCACUGUUCUCCAAUCAGCCAGAACACACAAGGAGAAAGGAGGGUAACUAUUGUUACUGUGUACAGUGAAUGGACUGAAGACAUUUCCAGGGCAUUUUAAGGUUCUUUGUCAUUUAGGUUUUAUUUUAUGACGUUUCCUUGCCUCCUUUUAUUUAUUUUUUCCUUUUUUGUAAGUAAGAUUUUUAUUGACAUGCCCAUCUUCCGAGAGAGAAGGCGUGACAACCAGUUUGAGAAAGUCACUAUGCUUGGGGGUUCACUUUGUGACAUGAGUAUGUUUCAGUUUUUGUUGGGGUCUCCACCCCAUACAUUCCUAGAACAUGCUUGUUUCCGACCACCUAUCACCACCCUUCAUCCUCGUCCAUGGUUAGGAAAGGGUUUAUUGAGGAACAUUUUCUGGAUAGUCAGGCGACCAUUCAAACCAAUCAAAGACAUGACGAUGUUUAUUGUAUGGCUUGUGUGAUAUUCCUCCGUUACCUCAGUUUGGCAACUGACUGAUAUAUUGAAAGCUGCUGUGCGAAGCUUCUCUCACCAAAUGGACACAUACAAGUACACAUUCCCCAUACUGUCUCUUUAGCGAACACUGUUAUUAAAUUACUGAACCUAUCUUUCUUUUUGUAAAUAGACUGUCAUAUUUUAUAGGCAACUUGGCACAAGUUGUACUUCUGAUCAUCAGGAACAUUAUAUUUCCUUUUUUUUAGCAAACCUAUAUUAUUUUCAAAAGGGUGCUUUCUCAUGUAAAAAAAAAUCAAUCAAUCAUUAAAAUCACAAAUGUCAAGAAGCAACAGGUAUGUUCGAUUUAAAGGACCCACUGAAUCAGGAUGUUUAUAGGCUACUGUACUGUAUUUGAGAGCAAAGCUAAAUUGUUGUCAUUGGCAUUACCCAUGACAGUCUGCUGCUAAAUCGGCCUAUAUCCAUUAUACACUGACAAAGUUUAUGGGGGGAUAUUCGUGAGGAAAGUGGAGAUUCCCAAAACGUUUUUUUUUUUUUUUAUGCCAACGAAAUGAAGACUGCUCUCAAACUCCAACAAUGUGAAUUUCACAGUGUUAUAGCAAAUGUAUUAUAAUAAAGAAUUUAUUUGGUUUUAAUCCUAAAGAAACUGGUUGUUGAAUAAUCUCUACAUUAAAAAAAGCUACUAAAGAAUGAUAUGCCUCUGUAUCCACAAUCGCUUAUCGAAGUGCUGAUUGUAAUUUAAUUUAUGUUGUGGGUGCAUAAGCGCUUAAUAAAUUAGCCAAAAUGACAA